AUGUUAAGAAUACCAGGCAUAUCAUUGGCCGUAUUAUCGAGGUACUGUUACUAUGUGGCAGACAAAAUAUUGCCAUUCGUGGUCAUACUGAGGAAGAGUAACUUCAUAGCCACUUUGACCAUGUUGAGUAAAGGGGACGUCAUUUUAGAAAACCACUUGAAGAACCCGAAUGUAGUAUAUAAAUAUACAUCUUCAGAUAUUCAAAACGAACUACUUGAUAUUUGCGCUGCUCAGAUAGUCAGAAAAAUAUCAGAAUCUAUUCAACGAUCGCGCUACUUUGCUGUUUUAGCCGACGAAUGUACCGAUACCGCCACAAAGGAACAGCUCUCGAUCUGUAUAAGAUAUCUUGUCUAUGAAGGUCCUUUGGUAUCAGUCCGAGAGGACUUCCUCUGUUUUGUUACAGCUGAAAACACGAAAGGCCAAACCAUCGCUGUGCUCAUUUUAGACGUGUUGCAGCAGAACGGCUUUGAUAUCAACAAACUUCGGGCCCAGGGCUACGACGGUGCUGCAAACAUGUCGGGAAAGUUCAAGAACGAUCUUGCUACGAACGAAAACGCACGGUACGAAAUGGAAAAAAGGACUAAAUUAAGGACUCUCUGCGAAACUAGAUGGUCGAGCAGGGCAGAUGCCCUCAAAACGUUCAAAGCAUCCUUAUCAGUUGUUGUAAGCAGCCUUGACCAUCUAAAGGAUGAUGGUGAUGACAAGGCUGGCGGCCGCCUCUGUGCAAUUCUGCGGUUUGAAUUCAUUAUCGGAUUGGUGGUGGCAGAACAUAUCCUAAGCAGUACUGUGUCUCUGUCAAAUUAUCUCCAGACACCGAAGUGCAAUCUAUUGCAGGCAUUGAAAGAAAGUAAAGUUAUCAUUCAGUUGUUACGUAAUGAACGCGCAGAUGAUACGGUCUGGGACGCACUAUACGAUGAAGCAGUUACAAUUGCCGCCGAGUUUUAUAUUACACCAUCAACACUACGAAGGGCUGGAAUACAACGUCAACGCGCUAAUCCAGUCGUGAACAACACAAAGGACUAUUGGAAAGUAACACUGUACCUUGCCUUCCUGGAUCACCUGAUAACCGAACUGGAAAUAAGACUGGUUGACAGUGAGGGCAGGUUCAAAGGUGAAGCCCUUCUUCCUGAAAAGCUUGAUACGCAUCUUAAUGCAGAAAUGAUUCAAGCAAUAUACGAUGCCAACACCUACGAUGCCGAUCUGACCGAUCCUGACACUUUCCGGCAAGAAAUCGAACGUUGGAAGGCUCGAUGGUCAAUGGUGCCAACUGACGAAAGGCCAGCAGACAUCAUCACUUGUCUAAAUCACACUGACCCUCAGCUAUAUCCAAAUAUUACAAACAUACCAUCACUUCUGCUGGCGAUGCCUGUGACAACUGCCACUGCAGAAAGGUCGUUCAGUAGUAUGAAAAGGGUAAAGACCUACCUUCGGUCGACAAUGACAACGGAGAGAUUAGCAUCACUGGCAACGUUGAAUAUUCAUAGAGAGCAGGAAGUAGAUAUUUGCAGGGCAGUGGAAACCUUUGCUAACGCGAAAUCGGGCAAGAGACUGGCACACUUUAUCUAA